AUGACUGAGUCUAGAGAUAUCGGUGUGGCUCAGGGUUUAUCGAUUGAAUUCAUGGAGUCUGAUAAAGAGGAUGUCGUUUUUCUCGAUCGAGCUUCUCGGGCAACGAGAGGAAGACGGAUGACCAAAUUGGUUGAUGAGGAGAUUGAAGAAGAUGAUGAGUUCUGGAACCAAGAAGCUUUGAAAGAUGAAGAAGAUGAUACAAACUACGUAGAAGAAAAGGAGGUUGCAGAUGUUUUUGACAGUGACUUUGAUGAAGAUGAACCAGAGCCAGAGGCAGAAGCAGAAAAUGAGCCAGAUGAAAGGAAGAGGCCAAAGAAGAGAUUGGCAUUUCCAGGAAAGCAAUUGCCAAAAAAGAAGAAGAAGAAGGUUGUUUCAGAACCUGAUAGUUCUAAUGAGGAAGAACCAAAUGUUGACCAGUCAACGCCCCAAGAAGACCAUGAAGUUCCUGAUGAUACAGAAGUUGAGAAAACAACCAGAAAGUCAACAAGAACUUCAGUUAUUGUUAGGCAAGCUGAAAGAGAUGCAAUACGUGCAGCACUUCAAGCAACAAUGAAGCCAAUAAAAAGGAAAAAGGAAGGUGAGGAAAAGAGAAUGACCCAAGAAGAGAUGCUUCUGGAAGCUGCUCAAACAGAAAUUAUGAACUUGAGGAACUUAGAACGGGUGUUGGCAAGGGAGGAAGAAGUAAAAAAAAGAGCAAUUGUUCAUAAAGCUCACUACACAGGCCCUCAGAUACGAUAUCUUUCUAAAGAUGGUUAUACAUACCUUGAAUUUACAAAUGGGGUGUCAUUUCGAUCACAGAUUCCUACAUCAGCCCCUCCAUAUCCAGAGAAAGCUGUUUGUGUAGUUACAGGAUUACCUGCAAAAUAUCGUGAUCCCAAGACAGGUUUGCCUUAUGCGACAAAAGAGGCUUUUAAGAUUAUUCGUGAAAAGUAUUUGAAUGAUGGGAGUGGGAUUAAAGAGAAGAAUAGCAUGGGAGUGGUUUAUGAAUUGGCUUGUGGGGAAGGAGGAGGUUUCAGAAAAAAGAAGAGGAGAACAGUUAAUCCAAACAGCAAAGAGAAGUCUUAUAUGAGAUCAUUGGCUCGUUUUCGCCAGAUUCCAGCUUUUGAAUACCAAGACUCUGAAUGACACUGCAAACAUGGAGAGAGCUUUUUGCAUUGUUUGAAGAUGGCUUGGCUUCUAAUGUAUUUGAGUUGAGUUUCGGAAAUGGCUGGAAAAAGAAAGGCUGAUCAUGAUUAUCAAUUUUAGAGGGAAGUUUUAGUAUAUGCAUUCUUGUAAUGGUAGUGAUUGAUUCAGUCUUUUCGUUUCUACCAAAAGGCCUCAUCUCUUCUCUUAUGUGCACACAUGGUGACUAGUAUAAGAAUAAAUUACAGUUUUUGUUCUUGUAUAAAUUUGCAUUUCUUAUAUUUCAAUCUGUUGCUGCUUUUACUAUUUUUAAUCUAUUGAUGUUAGUUUUGUAAAAGACUGAAAUAGGUUUUGUAGCGUUUGGGAAUGCUAUGGUGAUCUUCAAGAAACCCUAAAUUAGUAUGAUCUUGGGGUUGAUUUGGAUAAGAAUGAUGGACUGUUACUUGUUCAGCUUGGGUUUUCUUUAAUUUGUUCUUUGUACUUUUAAUGUUUGAUAUGGGUUUUUUGUGGGUUAUGUGGCAAUAAAGGUUGUUGAAGAUUUGAAAAUGAAGCAAGAUUGUCGUU